AUGGCUUGGCAUCAGAUGCGUGGUCAACACUGUAACACCUUCAAUAAGUCCCUCGGUUGGGAGGUUGCACAGGUCUCCAGGGCACUGAAGGAGAACAAUAUACCCUCCCAAUUUCUAAUGCCUGAUGAUUUUCCCAGUACUCCUGAGAGUUGUCAGAAUUUCUAUUCAUCUGUUGCCACCACCGCCACCUUAUUGAUCAAAUCAGAUGAGUUUUUCACUAGGCAAAAUGUAGAUUAUAGUCUAAGCACCUCACAGGCUAUGUCAUACCCUGUGAGUAUGCCCAGACAUCCUCUAAAUGAAGAAGUGGCUUUGUUGGUGAAUUUCUUGCUGCUCAAGUAUCAAAUGAAACAGCCAGUAACAAAAGCUGAUAUGAUGAAGGUUUUCAUCUACAAGUGUGAAGUCCAUUUCCCUGAGAUCCUCCAGAGAGCCUCUGAGUGCAUAGAAAUGCUCUUUGGCCUUGAUCUGAAGGAAGUGGAUCCCUUCAACCACUGCUAUGUCCUUUUCAUUAAAUUGGGCCUCACCUAUGAUGGCAUGAUGCACGGUGAAGCAGGCGUGCCCAAGACCGGCAUCCUGAUACUUAUCCUGGGUGUGAUCUUCAUGAAAGGCAACUGUGCCACCGAAGAAGAAGUCUUGGAGGUUCUGAAUGUGACCAGGAUAUGUUCUGGAAGGAAGUACUUCUUCUUUGGGGAGCUCAAGCAGCUCAUCAAAGAUUUCGUGAGGGAAGGAUACCUAGAGUUCCAGAAGGUGAUCAACGGUGAUCAUUGGCAAUCUGAGUUCCUGUGGGGCCCCAGAGCUUAUGCUGAAACCACGAAGAUGAAGAUCCUGGAGUUUCUGGCCAAGGUUAAUGGGACUGACCCAAGUUCUUUCCCAUCUCAGUAUGAGGAGGCUUUGCAAGAUGAAAAAGAGAAAGCUCAGGCCAGAAUUUCAGCCAAUUGUCUCUGCCGCUACAGAUUCUUGUAUUGA